UGUUCAUUGAACAGUGUUUAUUGUUCAUUGAAGAGUAUUCCCGCCUAACCGAGCAACAUCCUAACCGUUCGAUCAAAACACAUCUCUGUUGUCUCACCAUUUACCCGUAAUCUUUCAAUUGCCCACGCUCAUGACCAAUCAUGUCUUCCUCGUUGCUUCUAACAAAUAUGUGUCGUCAUCUCAAUCUCCACACCUCACCAUUCUUCAUCGAGAGUUUUUUUCUUCAGUUUCAUUACGGCCGAAAAUAUGGGUGUUGCACUCCAUCUCAAUUUUUUCAUCUCAAUUAGGUAUAUUGUGUAUCUUUACAACCUUUAUUUUCAGAUUUAAUUUCCAAUUUUCUUUCAAUUCGUUCAUCGAGAGUGCACCAUCAAUUUUUAUUGCUUACAUUCACUUUCCACCUUCAUCUAUUAAUUUAAAGCCUCCUUACUUUCUCUAGCAACUGCCGGCAUCAAAAUAUUAAGGGAUGAUUACCUAAUGAACGGAAUAUCGAAUCCAAGACUGUAUUUACGCUAAAAAUGCACCUUCUCAAGAUCAUCAUCGUCCAUAGCACCUUCUCAGAUCAUAACAAAUUCUUCAUCAACAAUAAAUUGCUACCUUCAUCUCUUAAUCAAAGAUACGCCAAUUGUGGCCAGGGUCAAUAGUAACCAAGAGUUAUCCUAACACGUACAAAAAACUUCUCGAUUCAAAGAAGUAUACCUCAUGCUAUAUGUGGGACGGGGAGUCAAGAUAAACUUUAAAAGGAGGAGGAUUGUGUGUUAUACACGAAUUCCAAAGUGUGUCAAUCAAUCUACCCAUGUCAGUCAGCUCCUACUUCAGUUUAUGUAAAAGAAUAAAAUAAGUGGGCAUUGCGG